GCAGGGCGCCGGCGCAGCCACCCAUUGGUUUCCAGCUGUUCCCCAUUGAUCCCCCUCUGCUUUCUGGUGCAUUGGCCCGGAAUGUGAUGUUAUUUCAUUACUGAGGCAGAAGAGACUGGCCCGGGUCCCAUCCCCCUGGGGGCGUCUCUCUCCCCCUGACUCGGACAGGACCGCCGUACGCGAUCACAACCCAGUGGUUCAGCCCGGCCUAAUUCAGUCAGUCAGUCAGUCAGUUAGUCAGUCAGUUAGUCGCUGAUGAUAGCCCCUGUCGGAGCGUGGAUCAGGCGGACGCUUUGGAGUCCGAAGAAACUGGUGAAGGAGUGAACAUCCGGUGGAUCUGGUGUCCGUCCGCGCGUGGACGGGGAAGGAGAGGGAAUCAAGGGCCGCUGAGGGCCUAUUGUUAACCACAGACCCAGACAUGGAGACAGAUGACAAUGAACUUGGAGUCUUUACGGUCAUUCAUCACCGGACCAAGGCAUCGGGCUGGCCACCUCCUGGUUCCUGGGGCGCCUCACAUGGAGCCCCCAAUGGAUGGGAUAUCGGCGCAAAUAGAGACGGCCGUGACUGCUACAUCACCCAAGUGUCCCAAAGCAGCUCCCUGGAGGAGGUCCGUCUGGAAGGGGACAAAUUUGUCACUCCGACCCCCCGCAAGGUGGAGAUGAGACGAGAUCCGGUCCUGGGCUUUGGCUUCGUGGCAGGCAGUGAGAAACCAGUGGUGGUCCGUUCAGUCACUCCAGGUGGUCCUUCAGAGGGAAGACUGACCCCGGGAGACGAGAUCGUCAUGAUUAAUGACGAGCCCGUAGGCUCCGCCCCCAGGGAGAGGGUCAUCGACCUCGUCAGGAGCUGCAAGGAGUCCAUUGUCCUGACGGUGGUCCAGCCGUACCCAUCACCAAAAUCUGCAUUUAUCAGUGCUGCAAAGAAGGCCAAGCUAAAGUCAAAUCCGGUGAAAGUCCGCUUUGCCGAGGAGGUCAUCAUUAACGGACAGGUCCCGGAGUCGGUGAAGGACAACUCUCUGCUCUUCAUGCCAAAUGUUCUGAAGGUGUACCUGGAGAACGGACAGACCAAGUCUUUUAAGUUCGACAGCAACACAUCUAUUAAGGACGUCACAUUGACCCUGCAGGAGAAGCUUUCCAUUAAGAGCAUUGAGCACUUCUCCCUAAUGCUGGAGCACAGGAACGAGGGCUCGGCAAGCAGGCUCAUGCUUCUCCACGAGCAGGAAAUGUUGAGUCAGGUGACACAGAGACCAGGAGCGCACAAGAUGAAAUGCUUCUUUCGCAUCAGCUUUGUCCCAAAGGACCCCGUUGACCUGCUCAGGAGAGAUGCAGUGGCGUUUGAAUAUCUCUACGUCCAGAGCUGUAAUGACGUGGUUCUGGAAAGAUUUGGGUCGGAGCUGAAAUAUGACACGGCGCUCCGCCUGGCGGCCCUGCAGAUGUACAUCCUGACCGUCAACACCAAGCAGUCGCAGAAAGUCUCCCUCAAGUACAUCGAGAAGGAGUGGGGUUUGGCGCUGUUCCUUCCUCCUGCAGUACUGUCCAGCAUGAAAGAGAAGAAUAUCAAGAAAGCCCUUACACACAUUCUCAAAACCAACCAGAACCUGGUGCCUCCUGGAAAAAAGCUGUCAGCGCUACAGGCCAAGGUCCACUAUCUGAAGUACCUCAGUGAUCUGAGACUGUACGGGGGACGGGUUUUCAAAUCUGUCCUGCUGCAGGGAGAGAAGCACACCGAGGUGACCCUGCUGGUGGGUCCGAGGUACGGCAUCAGUCAUGUGAUCAACACCAAGACUAACCUGGUGGCCCUGCUGGCAGACUUCAGCCACGUCAACCGAAUCGAAAUGUACACCGAGGACGAGAAGAAUGUCAGGGUGGAGCUGCACGUUCUGGAUGUGAAGCCCAUCACUCUGCUAAUGGAGUCCACAGAUGCCAUGAAUCUGGCCUGUCUGACCGCUGGCUAUUACAGGCUGCUGGUGGACUCCCGCCGCUCCAUCUUCAACAUGGCCAAAACAGGAAGUGCAGACAGCGGCCAUGACUCCAGGGGGAAGCAGAACUACCAGGCCAUUGAGUGGACGUACAGCACCUCCUUCAGGGCGUGUGAGGAGCCGCAGCACCAAAACAACCAGCGCUGCACCACCAGAGAACCCUCCUCAAACAGGGACUCGUACAGGGACUCCGAGUACAUGGACCAGGGGAGGGGUGAGGGGGACAUCUCCCCGGUCUACAUCACUGAGGUCCAGCAGCCGUACAGCAUGCACAUCGCUGAGAGGGUGGACACCAGGGGCCCCACGCACCUCCAACCAUACGCCUGUGUCGCCAGACCCAAGCCACAGGACUCCCCGCGCAGCGCCAAGGUCUCCUUCAUCUUCGGGGACCCUCCUUUGGACAGCGUUGACCCCCAGAACCUGGGCUACCAGAGAUUAAUGGACGAGGGCCCAGAGGUUCUGCACGACCACAGCCCCCUGUACCAGAGACUAGAGGAGGAGUAUAAGAGCGAGGAUCCCAUGGGGAUGGACGGAGAGGGCUAUCUGUACGCCGCCAAAAUCUUCGGCAACACUGAGUGCAUCGAGGAGCCACUGCUGCACGACAUCUGCUACGCUGACACCACGGACGCCGACGAGGACGAGGACGACGUCAGCUGCGAGGAGGACAUGGGGCUGAUGGGGGACCUGGACAAGGCCACGUUCCUCUCGCUAUCAGGUUCCAGCGAUGACAUCAUUGACCUGACAUCCCUGCCCCCACCACCCGAGGGCACCGACCAGGAGGACAACGAGGACGUGUUGCUCCACUCCCUCAACCUGGCCAUCGCGGCCCCACCCCCAGGCUUCAGGGACAGCUCAGAUGAGGACGAGCAGCAUGCUGGGGCCCAGGGGCCCGUUAGGAAGAGCCAAGGGACCUGUGACGAUAUCCCUGUGUCCCUCAUUGACUCAGUCCCCACACAGGGGGCCCUGGAGGGUGAGGGGGCCCUGGAGGGGCAGGGGGCCCUGCAGGGUGAGGGGGUCCUGGAGGGGCAAGGGGCCCUGGACGAUGCUAUGGUGUCGACCCUACAGGCCCUGGAGGCCCUUGCUGCUGCAGAGGAGCCGUGCCCACAGUCAGACAGUAGCUCAGGUGUAGAAAUAUCACGGGCUUUUAGCCCCGAGUCCUCGUCGGACUCUGGCAACGAGACUAACUCUUCAGAAAUGACGGAGAGUUCAGAGCUCGUCGCCGCUCAGAAACUCUCUGAAACUCACAUGAGACUGUAUUUGCCCAGCACUGAGGGCUACCAAACCCUGAACGAGGAGAAAACUGAGCUUCUCGUAAAAGUGUGCGAGGACGGCGCUGCCCAGGUCCAAGAGCAAAACCUACAGGACAUCCAGAGUGUGGGUGGGGAGGAGGGGGCCAAGUCCUCGACCGUGCCCGACCAGACCCUUCGCUCAGAAGGGGGAGAGAUGGAACCAGAGACCAUGGAGACCAAAUCCCUCACCGACUACUUCAGCAAACUGCACAAAGGCUCUGCUAUGAGUAAGCAGCCAGGGAAGUGGAGUGAGGUUAGGAUUCAGGGAGACAAAGAUGACUCGUCAGAAAAACGACACGGCAACGCCCAGAUCUCAAAUAGAGGGGAGCCGCCUAAAUAUAACUCAGAUCCACCCAAAUAUAAUGCCACCCAAAGGGAAUCUCCGUACAUGAGCCAGUUUGAAUUGGGACGGACGCCGUAUCCUUAUCGAGAGAAGCCCCCAAGAUAUCACCGGCUGCCUGAACACAAAAUGGUAGACGACCGCUCCACAGACAGCGCGGGUGACUCACAGACCUCCCACUCUGACAGAGUAACGACUACGGGAGACAAGCCAAACCCGAAGGAUAGAGGCCAGCAGGUAGACCCCCGCAGCCCGGAGGGGGACAACCCACCAGGGGUCGACGCGCGGCAGCAGCAGACGAGGAUCCCCUCAGCGGAGCAGGACGUGGUGCGGUUAUACGACUACCACCAGAACAAGCGUGUGUCGUCACUACCGAGCAGCAAGGGUGGGAACUCCUUGCAGGGCUCGCAGUGCUCCUCCAUAGAUGCCGGCUGCAGUACGGGAAGUAGCAGCUGCGCCACCCCAAUGGACUCACCUCUCUGCCCUGGAGAAAACAUGCACCUCCUCUCAGAGUCCUCCUUCAAGGGGCUGGUCUACGCAACUGGGGAGGAGAAGGCCAGUGGCACUUUGGGACAAGUGACACAGCAGGGCAAGGCUGGACAUCCGACCGUGGACCCCACUCUGCUGAGGAAAAUCCACGCAGCCACCAGCGCAGAGCCUGGGUUCGGAACCGUGCGCCGAGAUGGCAGCCAGCGGAUUCCCAAGAUAAAAGAAACCACAGCUCGCAUGCAGCUCGAGACCGCUGCGAGGAACGACCCUUCUUCAGCUCUGUCCGGCGAGGUCCAUGCUGCCGCCGCCAACUCACCGCCAUCAUUAACCAGAAACAGCGGCACAGAGAACCGUGUGCCGAGGCAGCAGUGGUGCCAGCGCCCUAAGCCCCUCCCACUCCCAACCCAGGCUUUCCCCCCAAGCGUACACCCUAUCAUAGGCAGCCUCAUGAAGCCGGCGCAGCCGAGGGUCCAGAUGCCGAGCCGGAGCAGGAGCCAGAUCCCACCCGGCCAAGGGAGCCUAGAAGCUCUACUGGAGAAAACCAAAGCCGGUCUGAGCAGGAGGAGCACCCAGAGAGUCCGGUCACCUGACCAUCCCACCAAAAAACAGUGCAGGUCUGCUUUUUCCAGAACACUGUGCGGGAGCUCGUCGUUUUCUCAGGGCUCGGCGAGGUCGGCGAGCUUUCAGCGGUCCUCUGGCGGGAGGCUCCUCAGGGGUGCCUCCAUCACGCUGCCGGCAUCACAGGAUGCCACGCAGCUCCGAGCCGUGCCGCCUCCCAGACUUGACAGCGGCAUUUGGAGGAGAUGGCUCUUCACAAGCUGCGUCCCCAAGAGAAGGACCAGCAGCAAUGGCGACAGUGAAGACAGAGAAGGACGUGGCGAAAACCUCAAGACCAAGCCGUUCUUGGAGGGUCAGAAGGCUCAGUCACUACCUGCCAGCCCGGAUGUUGAGAGGGAGAACACUGCCACUCAGUAUGCUUUUACAGCCGAGCCCUCCCAUGUGGCUGGAGAAGUCCACCAGGCCAGCGGUGUGAAUGUGAGCGCUGUGAGUCUGGAAGCCCGGCUGAGUCGUGGAAACUCACUGAAGGAGACACCAUCUCUCCCCCGGGGAUUCUCAGAGAGAGAUUCCUUGGAGGUGACGAACCCGGCAUGCACCGGAGAGGGCCAGGGAAGGAGUCAGAGGUCAACGAUGCCGACCUGUCGGGGUUCAGCUAUCUGCUCUCUAUGGAGGUCCUAGAGUUGGUAUCCACCCUCCCCCCAACCCCCCCCCCACCCCCACC